AUGAGUCACGAAGAGAUAGAAGUUUUGCAAACAAUAUAUAACAAUGACUUUACAACUUCUAAUGCGUUGCCUGUUUGGUAUGGAGUAAUGGUGUCAUCCAACGAGGGACAAUUCGCCGAAAGUUCACAUUCUCAGCGACAAGCAAAUGAGAUGUCGAUUGUCGAACCACAAUAUAUACAGAUUUUGUUUAACAUACCAUUAGGAUAUCCUUCAGUUCCUCUCGAAAUUAUUGUCGUUAGUCCUUUGCUAUCGAUCGAUCAAUCAUCGCCCAAUUCUUCCCCAGCUUCGACCGAUGAUGAUAAUGACCCCGUCGUAAAUGAUGAGAAUUGCCCAAUACACUUGGAGAAAAUCCUAAAAGACAGAGCGAAAGAAUUGGCAUCACUGGAAGAACCUGCAAUCUUUGAAAUUAUAGAAUUGGCUAGAGGUUGGUUAUGGAAUUACCAACAAAAAUCCUCAUCUUACCAGUGCCAACAACCCUUUUCCUCAUAUUGGAUUGGUGAAUGGCCAAACAUACUAUUUGAUUGGCAAAUUGCUUCUUAUUCUCCAUCCAGAAUCAUGGGCAUUCAGUUUGAGACGGAGCUUAAAGUUAUCGAACAUGUCGAAGAAGAGACCGGCGUAAGGAUCGACAUUUCUAGGGUCAGGGAUUGUUUGAGAAUGAAUCUUUGGGAUGUUACAAGGACCGUACGGUCGGUUGUUAAAAGUGUUAAUGAAAAUGCUCUGGAAAACGUAAAAGAGGUAAUAGAAGAAGAUGUUGCGGAGAAGAUUUGCGCAAUAUGUUUUGACACCUUUCCUCCCGAGGAAACUACCAUCUUUGUGCCUUGCGGGCACAGCACAUGUAAUGACUGUCUCACUCAGUACCUUUCCCUUAAAAUAUCGGAGAACCAAAUUUUCUCGAUGAAUUGUCCAGGAGCUAUUAAAUGUAGGACGUUGGUGAGUCCCAUAAUUCUUGGUCGAUUACUUUCUAAACAGUUAAUCAACAAAUACUAUUCUUGCCUUGGCGAUUCCUUCAACCAACUUCAACAACAUCCCGAAAUUCCUAAAACUAACAUCCACAAACAAUCGGUCAAAAAAUUCUGGUGGUGCAUAAACCCAAAAUGUAAUCACUCGAUAUCUGUUAAACUACCAUCCCUCCAACAGAACCCGUCAUUACUUCAUUGCUACGGGUGCAGUACGACCUGGUGCUCGUCAUGUGAAUUAAUUGGCGGUCACUGGCCAUCAACGUGCACAGACCACGAUUUAUACCUCCGCACGAAUCACACGGUAAACCUCCCUAGUAGGCUUCCCCAACGAAAGCCGUAUACCGAUAUCUCCACCAAACCAUGCCCAAACUGUCGAAUUCAUAUAUCGAAGAAUGGUGGAUGCAUGCACAUGACAUGCCGAAUGUGCCAUUAUGAGUUCUGCUGGGGUUGCUUGAAAGAAUGGGCCUAUCGUUCUCACUCUACGCUCUUUACCUGUGACGCGGAGAACAGCGAGCGUGAAAAUGAUGAUGGUCUUACUAUGUUUUCGGUAUUCGAGUUGGAUGACAUACAAAGCACUCCGGGACAAUUUCAAAAGAGGUUUAAGGGUGGGGCGGUAUUGCAUUCCGCAGCACUUAAACAGGAACAGGCCGAACUGGAUUUACUACUUAGGCACUACAGAAGUGGGACCGAUACCAGAAGCAUUAGGAGGUUGAGGAUUGAAAUCACGGGAUUAUUGGUACAGUUGAACUACAUAAUGAAAUUUGGUUCAAUGGGAUUUUUUACAAAAUCCAGCAGAGAUGAAUUGGAGUUGAAAAAGGCUAUGGAAAUUAUGCUGAGAUUGGAACUUGGGUUGAGAACCGCGGAAAAUUUAAGAGAUCAGGUGAUGAGAAUCGAUCGGACGAAUGUCGACAAAGGGGAUUUUGAGGCGUCGGAUGAGACGAGAUUGCAGGGUUUAAGGGAAGAGAUGGAAAAGUGUAAAGAAAGGUUGGGAAGCAAUAUCAAGAAAAUGGCAAAGAUUUUGUAUAAAAUGGACCAAAUAUGA